AUGAAAGUGUAUGGGAGAAGGGCGCAUUCCUAUGACUAUGAUACGAGUCAUGAUAUUGAAUUUAGCGAUGAUGAGAUGACUCCAGUAAGGUCAGAUUUAAGUAUGGAACCAAAAUCUGAGAGCAGCAUAAGCAGUGCUUCUAACAAGCAAGCCAAGGUGUUUUCUAACGUUGCUGGUCAGCGAAGCGAUAACAAGUUAGACCUUCAAGGCGAUUCAUUUGACGAUUUAUUCAAUAAUAUUGAGCUACCAAAGAGAAAGAAAAGGAAAACUACUUACAGAAAGAAGAUUGAGAUUAACCAGUCUAAUAAUGUGUUAGAUGGAGAAAAUUUUGAUGGGGGGCCAGCUUCAGAUAAUAAUCUUGAAUUCGAGACGUCCAUACAGGAUAUAUCUGACUAUCUAGACCAAAUAAAAUCAGAUGAUGAUAGAAAGAGAACAAACGCCCUGGAGGAUAUCGAUAGUCUAUAUGAAGGCCAACAGGUCAGCAUAUCAAGUUUACAAAAUACGAAACUAUCAGCAACAAAAUCUGAGCUACCCAUGAAUAGGAAUUUAGGAAAUGCUACAGUAGUUCACAGGCAAGUAUCUUUAUAUGAUUCUCUGGAUUCAGACAGUAAACAGGUCGAUGGUAAUAAGUUUAAAGCUAUGCGAAAGCAAGGGCAUGCGCUACAGUAUCAAGAUGAUGUAGAUGAGCUUUUACUACCUCUAAAAGCGGUUACUGUGGAAACAUCAGCUGAAUCAUUUGUAUUAGCAAUAAUUAAACUACUUAUUAAUAUGUUCACUGAUAGUGACUUGAAAGACUUCAUCAUACAAAACUACUCUGAUAACUUGAUUAAUACCUUGGAUAAAUUUUCAUUCAAGACUGAUACUGUCUUUAAACCACUCAGCCAAAUGCUACUGAGUGAUCUGGUAACUUGUCUAGUCGAUGGAGAUUCCAAGAUUGGAGAUAAUAUGGUGUUUACAAUAGCAAAUGUUAUUAAAUUUAAUAUUAUUGAUCUCAAUCACAUUGAUUUCAAGGAAGAAAUAGCUGAAAUUGGUAGAAAAUAUCCGCAACUAUCAUCAUCGGUAAAUGCUUACAGCGCAAUAAUAGAUCAUCAUGACAAAAAUAUUUCAGCUUUCGUUAAACUGAUAGUCCAAUUUCCUUCGUCGCUGAAUUUUUUUGAUGAAUGCUCAUUGAAAAGCAUAUUCACUAAUAUCAUCAAAUAUUAUGAAAGCGAGGCCAAUCCUAUCAAGAAUGAUAUUGAGGACGUUCUCUUAAAGGGCUUGAUUCUUUUGGUUAACAGUGGUAUUAACUUUGCUGGCAAUAGCAAGAAGGAUAAAAGCUUCUUCAUUGAUAUGUUGGAACAUAUUAUUGAUGAUAUAGAAAAUGAAAAUGAUCUCGAUGACAUACAUUUGCUGAAGGCAGUACUAUCAUGUAAUCUAUUGAUAAAUGAUCCUAUAACAGAAAGCUGUGACUUGAAAGAAAAGAUUGAAAGAUUUCUUUGCAAAAUAUUAUGUGAAGAAUCUGAGCGCAAGAUUGUAGAGGAUAAUCUCAUGGUAUUUCAGUACCUUAGCUUAGUUUAUCUUUUGUCUGGAUCGAAAAUAUCAUCUGAUAAACUAGCAUUGACGCUGGAACAAACAAAAAGACUAAAAUUGAGGUUUACAAAAUUGCUUUCGUCAUUACAUGUUGAAAAUGUGAAGAUACAGAACAAAAUUAAUGACUGUAUGUUAAGUAUGGAUCUCAUUAAAUAA